CCGUCAGCCGCGAGAAGGGAGAGGCGAGAGUCGGAGCGCGUGGGAGCGCAGAGGCUGGAGGAGGGAGGGGGACCCCGAGCGCACAGAGCGCGGAGGGAGGCGCGCGCGGGAGCGAACAUCCACCCGGAUCCCGGAUCCCGAGCCAAAGCAGCAGCUGCGGCCGCGCCCUUGCCGGAGCCCGUGCGUCCGCCUAGCCCCGCUCCGCCCGCAGUGGUCAGGGCUGCAGAGGAUGGAGGAUUCCCAGGAGACAUCGCCAUCCUCCAACAACUCCUCGGAGGAGCUCAGCUCUGCCCUGCAGCUGUCCAAGGGCAUGUCCAUCUUCCUCGACAUACUGAGGAGAGCAGACAAAAAUGAUGAUGGAAAAUUAUCCUUUGAAGAAUUCAAAGCAUAUUUUGCAGAUGGUGUUCUCAGUGGAGAAGAAUUACAUGAGCUCUUCCAUACCAUUGAUACACAUAAUACUAACAAUCUUGACACAGAAGAGCUAUGUGAAUAUUUUUCUCAGCACCUGGGCGAGUAUGAGAAUGUACUGGCAGCACUUGAAGACCUAAAUCUUUCCAUCCUGAAGGCAAUGAGCAAAACAAAGAAGGACUACCAAGAAGCCUCCAAUUUGGAACAAUUUGUAACUCGAUUUUUAUUGAAGGAGACCCUGAAUCAGCUGCAGUCUCUCCAGAAUUCCCUGGAAUGUGCCAUGGAAACUACUGAGGAGCAAACACGUCAAGAAAGGCAAGGGCCAGCCAAGCCAGAAGUCCUGUCAAUUCAAUGGCCUGGAAAACGAUCAAGCCGCCGAGUCCAGAGACACAACAGCUUCUCCCCAAACAGCCCUCAGUUUAAUGUCAGUGGUCAAGGCUUAUUAGAAGAAGACAACCAGUGGAUGACCCAGAUAAAUAGACUCCAGAAAUUAAUUGAUAGACUGGAAAAGAAGGACCUCAAACUUGAACCACUGGAAGAAGAAAUUAUUGAAGGGAAUACUAAAUCUCACAUCAUGCUUGUGCAGCGGCAGAUGUCUGUGAUAGAAGAGGACCUGGAAGAAUUCCAACUUGCUCUGAAACACUACGUGGAGAGCGCUUCCUCCCAAAAUGGAUGCUUGCGUAUUUCUACACAAAAGCUUUCAAAUGAAUCUCGCUACAUGAUCUAUGAGUUCUGGGAGAAUAGUAGUGUGUGGAAUAGCCACCUUCAGACAAAUUAUAGCAAGACAUUUCAAAGAAGUAAUGUGGAUUUCUUGGAAACUCCAGAACUCACAUCUACAAUGCUAGUUCCUGCUUCAUGGUGGAUCCUGAACAACAACUAGAUGUUCCUAGACAUUUUCUUUAUGGUUCCAAGUGCAAAACAGGUGUUCUUAUCUAAAAUGUCAAUUAGAAAAUUAUCUGUGGUUGUUAAUCGGUAUACUUUUGUUUAGUAUAUUUACUAAGUGCACUCUUUUAAAACAUAUUCUAUAACUUUAUCAUUCAUGUGAAUUUUAGCUCAAUUUUCAGAGUUCACUAUUCUCAAUAUUUAAUGCUAAAUGCUUUGCUACAUUGUAACCAACCUAAAACCUUUUAGUGACAAAAUCCUAAUAUGUGGAAAAAAGCAUAUGCAUAAAGGAAUAAUAUUGUGAAAAAGAAUUUGUUGUGAUAAA